AUGGCAGCGCGUGAUGGCAGUGAUGGAUCGGAUGGCAAGUACCGCAUGAUUAUCGCCAAUCACUACAAGCAGAUGGCCGACUCCCGAGAAUCCUUCCUCUCCAUCUUUCGCCUCCAGCUCGCCCACGCCCUCCUGACCGUGCUACUCUUGGCAGCCCAGCAGGGGGCGGCCUACGCGGCUGGCGUGGCAGGCCCAAGCGCGGCCGAGUGCGCCGCGUGGCUCGUGCUGCCUCUGGCCCACGUAGGUCUCGCCCUCUACGGCCGCCAGGCGCUCAAGAGCAACGCACCGCCUGCCAUCGGCUCCUACGUCGUUCUGGUGCUGGGCCUGGCGUCGGCCAUGAUCGUCGCUGCGGGCUUCGUGGUGCUGUUCAACCCUUCGCAGGCCCACACCCUGGCCCAAGGCGCAGGCUUGGUGCCGCUCGUGCUUCACUACUACGCGCCGCUGGGCCUUCUUCUUCUCGGAGCCGGCGCCGCCCUCGCCUCUGCCCUUCACUGCCGCCGCUUUGUGGUCGCGCUGAGCUCGACCCGCAAGAGGAAGUGA